AAUUAGACCGAAACCCAAACUCUCUCCUUCUCUCUUUCUCUCUCUCUCCCAACAACCAAACCCUAACCAAUCUCGCUCGGGUUCUGAUUCUCAGUACGAUGCUUUGAUCGGACGGAAUUCUCCAGAUCUAAUCUCCUUGAGAUCCAAUCCAUAUUUGAUGGAUGAUGAUUGAGCAGAUGGAUAAAAAGUCUGCUUCUUCCUCCAGGGAGCUUGUGCAGCGUCUUUAUGAGAAGAAUAUUGAGUUGGAAAAUAAGCGCAGGAAAUCAGCUCAGGCAAGAGUUCCUUCAGAUCCCAAUGCUUGGCAGCAGAUGCGUGAGAACUAUGAAACAAUAAUUCUUGAGGAUCAUGCUUUUUCUGAGCAGCAUAGUAUUGAAUAUGCUUUGUGGCAACUACAUUAUCGGCGGAUUGAGGAACUAAGAGCACAUUUCAGUGCUGCUCUAGCUUCUGCAGGCUCAAACACGUCUCAGAGUGUGAAAGGCCCUGCACGGCCUGACCGGAUUUCAAAGAUAAGACUUCAGUUUAAGACUUUCCUUUCUGAAGCAACGGGGUUUUAUCAUGAACUAAUUCUGAAAAUCAGAUCAAAGUUUGGGCUUCCAUUGGGGUACUUCUCUGAGGAUUCUGAGAACCCAACUAUUCUGGACAAAGAUGGGAAAAAGUCAGCUGAGAUUAAGAAAGGUCUGGUAUCAUGCCAUCGUUGUUUGAUAUACUUGGGAGACCUUGCACGGUAUAAAGGACUAUAUGGGGAGGGAGACUCAAAAACACGUGAAUAUGCAGCAGCGUCAAGUUACUACUUGCAGGCUGCAUCAAUCUGGCCAUCAAGUGGGAAUCCCCAUCAUCAGCUGGCUAUACUGGCAUCCUAUUCUGGAGAUGAACUUGUUGCUGUUUAUCGAUAUUUUCGGAGUUUAGCAGUGGAGAAUCCCUUUUCAACUGCAAGGGACAAUUUGAUUGUGGCAUUUGAAAAGAAUCGUCAGAGCUACACUCAGCUGAUUGGGGAUGCUAAAGCUUCUGUGGCCAAGGAGUCAAACAUGCGAAUCAAUGGCAAGGGUAGAGGAAAAGCAGAAAUGAAAAUUGCAUCUAAAGAUACCAAUAUGGGAUCCAGCCCUACCAAGGAAAAGGUAUCCAGUGUUGAGGAAAUGUGCAAAGCCUUUUGCAUUCGUUUUGUACGUCUUAAUGGCAUUCUCUUCACACGCACAAGUCUGGAGACAUUUGCAGAUGUUCUUGCUCUGGUUAACAGUGAUUUACUUGAACUUCUUUCUUCGGGGCCUGAGGAGGAGCUAAAUUUUGGAACAGAAACAGCUGACAAUGCAGUUCUCAUUGUUAGGCUUGUAUGCAUUCUUAUAUUUACUGUGCAUAAUUUGAAGAAGGAGAGUGACGGCCAAACUUAUGCGGAAAUUGUACAGCGUGCUGUUCUCCUUCAGAAUGCAUUUGCUGCAGUCUUUGAGUUGAUGAGGCAAAUAAUAGAGAGAUGUCUACAGCUUCAGGAUAUUUCUUCAAGUUAUCUCUUACCUGGCAUUCUGGUUUUUCUAGAAUGGCUGGCUUGCUGUCCGGAUAUUGCAUCAGCCAGCAGUGAUGUGGAUGAGAAACAGUUAGCCAUCCGAUCAAAUUUCUGGAAGCAGUGCAUAUUGUUUCUGAACAAGACCUUGUCAGUUGGGUCAGUAUGUAUUGAUGACCAUGCAGAUGAGACUUGUUUUUUCAAUAUGAGCAGGUAUGAAGAAGGGGAAACUGAAAACCGUCUGGCAUUGUGGGAGGAUUUUGAGUUAAGAGGAUUCCUACCUCUUCUUCCAGCACACACAAUAUUGGAUUUCUCGAGGAAGCACUCUUUUCGAACAGAUGGUGAUAAGGAAAAGAAAGCUCGUCUGAAGAGGAUAUUAGCAGCUGGGAAAGCUCUUGCAAAUAUAGCCAGGGUUGAUCAGAAAACGGUUUAUUUUGAUCCUAAGGCAAAGAAAUUUGUUAUUGGAGUUGAGCCUUCAGAUGAUGUUAUGUUUACCUCCACCUCUAGCCCACCCAGAGCAAAUGGCAUAUUGCAAGAAACUUCUGCUGAAAAGAUAUUUAAUAUUGGUAGUGGGCAGCCAAACUCACUGCUAGGGAUGGAUGGGGAAGAAAUCAUUGAUGAUGAUGAAGAUGAUGAUGAUGAAGUAAUUGUUUUCAAGCCAGUUUUGACUGAGAAGAGAACUGAUGUGAUUGGUCCAAACUGGACUCCCUAUGAUAUGAAGGCUGAUCAAAGUAAUUCUGGUGGUGACGUUAAGUUUCAUGGUAUUUCUGCUUUGGGUUCUCUUGAUAACCUUCAGCAACCCAGAAUUAUUGAUUCAAGUCCACCGCUUCCUGUAUCUGUUGGUAAUAUUAACCCUCAGCAUCUGCUGCCAACUCCAUCACAUGCACCCAAUUGGUCAGCUGAAGAAGCUAACCUUGUGAAUGGCCUGAGGGGUUUGAACCUUCUGGAGAGCAAAAAUGGGACAAAACCUGAGAUGCAAGAACAUAUUGAUAUAUCUCGUCUUGCUGCUCAUACAGUUGCUAUUCCACAAUCUAUUGGUGUUAACACCUUCGGUACAUUCUACACUCAGGCUAAAGCACCAGAAAUGGUGAAACCUUCCAGAAUUGAUGCCACUGCAGCAUCUGGGGUAAGUGGUGACACUUUGGCCCCAAGAUCCCCCUCAACUUUGCCAGUAGGUUCCCGGAAAAAUCCAGUUAGCCGACCAGCUAGGCAUCUUGGCCCACCUCCUGGUUUUAGCCCUGUUCCUCCUAAACCACUGAGUGAACCUGUUUCUGCUUCUGAUUUAGAGAAUCCGCUGAUGGAUGAUUAUAGUUGGUUAGAUGGAUAUAAGUUGACAUCAUCAGUUAAAGGCUCUGCCCUUGAUGGUUCUGUUAAUUACACAUCUCAUGCUAAUGCUCAGUAUGUCAAUGAUGUUAGCAAUGGCCUGAGUGGGAUGGUCAGCUUUCCCUUCCCUGGAAAACAAGUUCCAACAUUGCAGUUUCAAAUGGAAAAGCAGAAAGCAUGGCAGGACAGUCAGGCUCUUGAGAAUCUAAAAUAUCAGCAUGAACAGAAGUUGCAACAACUCAUGGACGGAAACCAGCAGUUUACUUCUUUGCCUGAGCAAUAUCAAGGACAAUCAGUCUGGACAGGUCGCUACUUCGUGUGAAUCUAAUAUGCAAAGUGUAGCUGGUUUUGGAGAAUGAUUCCCGUGAAUCUCCUGCAUCCUUUUGCUUGCUGCCAACCUCAACUCCAACUUUGAAUCGUUAACAGUGUUGAGUUUUUGUUGGAGCAUUGGUGCAUGUGACUUCUAGUGGGCACUUGCUACUAAACAAAUUUCGCCAGAGCUGGAGGAAGAGGUGGAAAACAUCUUUUUGAUGCGAAUUUGUUAAGGAGUAAAUGCCCUAACUGGUUACUUUGGGAUGGAGAUAGAACAUGUUAAUAAGAUCAUCUGUUGGUUUGGGGCUAUGUCUCAAAGGAGUUGCUCGAAUAAAUUUGGUGUACUCAGUAUCCUAUUAAGCUUUUCUAGUUUCUGGCAGGAUUACUGUUAAUCAUCAGUAGCUGGAAGCUGAAAUUAUAUGAUGUCCUCGACCAGUUCUUUUCCUGGAAGCUUCUGGAGCACUAAGAAGUGUCCUAGAUAUGAUCUGGGUUUCAGAAGGUAGUCAGUGGGAUCGCAUGGUUCUUUGAAUAGCAACAGAACAUGUGGGUGAGUACAAGUGUGAUGUGUACAUUCGUUAUCUGGGUCAAAGACUACUUGUGUUUUUAGUUUAUGGACUAAGAUGAGUGAUGUAAAACAAAAAAUACCAGCCUUUGUGUUGAAGUUGGGUUUCACUCUAAAUUUAUGAUGAUAAAAUAAAUGUGGAGAUUUUUCUCCCCUGCUACUGUUAGAUUGAGAGUUCCUUACCUGGUUCUGCAUCCCUCCCGGUUUGCUGCCAAUCCUUUUCCUGGUGCUGGGGAAAUGUGAAUUAUUGUUGUUACUGUUUUCGAAAAUGAGCAUGAACGGUUAAGAUAUUGCUUAUGCAUCUUGAGUUGAGUAGGUGAGGAGAUUGCUUUUGUUUUUGGAACAAUGGAAGAAGAUGAAGAGAUUGCUAAUCAAACAAAAUAGGAAAGCUUUGUUAUGGUCAUCACUGGAGAAUUGGGAAUCCUUUCCUGCCCUGGGUGGGUGAUGAUGAAAGUACAACAACCGUCAGCUGUUUCCCAUUUUUUUUCCUGGCUGAAGCUUCAGGAAAGUCUUGACUUUUGGUUAAAUUGCUGAUGGAGCGUGUAAAAUAAACGCCGAAAGUGAUA